GGGCGGUGCUCGGUGUCCCGGCGUUGCCGUGUCCCGGUGUCGCUCGGCGCCGCCGGGAGCCGCGGCUCCGUCCCGUCCGCCGGGAGCAGAGCGCGCAGAGAACGGCGCUGCCGCCUCGGGUCAGCCUACCACCCCCCUCGGAUCAACAGUCCUGCUGAAGUCGGAGGAAACAGCAAAUUUAAGCAACAGGAGGGGUUAGAUGAGAUGUCAGAAAAGUAGCCUCACCUUUAGCCUGACCUGCUGCACAACUGCAGGUUUUCCCUACACACAGGUAAGCAAGCACAUACAGGACAGAAGUUUUAGUUGCAUGUCUGCAGGUAUGCAGUCAUAUAAGAACUUUUGUUAUUUAUGCCACAUUAAACUCUUAAUUUUUUGUGUGAAACCUCCUGAUUCUCUCUGAUGCUGUCAAAUGUUUCUUUUGUUCUAGAGCUGAUACUGUCUGCUCAGGCAGAGGACUGUGCAAAGGUCAGUCAAAAAGCAAGGAGGUGACAGUCAUGCUUUAAUUUUAUAUAAGUGUUAUAAUUAUAUUGAAGUUUUGGGUGUUUUUAAGUGUGUAAUACAUUUGUUGUGAGUCUAAAGGGUGGGAAAACUAUUCUUCUUCCCUUCAUAGUUUUUCACAAAAUAUUACAUUACAUACAGAGGGCAUUUACAGCAGUUUUUUACAGUUUUUUUUACAGUUUUUUGUUUGUUUUGUUUUGUUUUGUUUUUUCCCCUUUCUCUGGGGGACCUGUGUGGUUUCUGGGGCAGCCAGGUGUGAGCGCUAGGAAGGUGCAGGUGGGCAGAGCAGGAUGAUGGAGGCGGUGGACGUGCCACCCGAGGGCUACUCCCUGAUCAAAGCCGUGUACCAGCGGCGCCUGCGCCUGACCCGGCUGCUGAUCGACGGCGGGGCCUACGUCAACGAGAGCAACAGCCGGGGCGAGACCCCGCUCAUGAUCGCCUGCAUGACCAAACACAGCGACCUGCAGAGCGCCAGCAAGGCCAAGAUGGUCAAGUACCUGCUGGACAACAAGGCUGACCCCAACAUCCAGGACAAGUCCGGCAAGACGGCCUUGAUGCACGCCUGCCUGGAGAAAGCAGGCCCUGAAGUGGUGUCCCUGCUGCUGCUGAGCGGGGCUGACCCCAGCCUGCCAGACCACUCCAACUGCUCUGCUCUGGUGUACGCCAUCAACGCUGCGGACAGGGACACCCUGGAGCUGCUGCUCAAGGCCUGCAAGGCGCGAGGGAAGGAAGUCAUCAUCAUCACCACAGACAAGUCGGCGUCAGGUAGGCAGAAAACAAAGCAGUACCUGAACGUGCCUCCUCCAGACCUCGAGGAAUGCACUUCCCCAGCUGACUGCACCUCCCCAUCGGACAUAGAAGCAAAUGAGGGUCCCGAAGACCCAUUCAGCUACAAGGAGCUGUAUGGUGGGCAGCAGGGGGACAACUCAUCUGAAAGAGUGCCACUGAUGACCAAAUCCAGCUCAACACCAGCACGGUUCAAGCUGACACAGGUACUGCAGUGUGAUCCCUGGCUAAAGUGCUGUCCAGCAGUGUUUCAGCAGAGGAAAAUCACUUCUUCUCAAGAACUUCAGGGUAUCAGUCCCACAGAAGAGCUCUCCUGUAAGGUGACUGGCCUUGACUUAUGCAGGGGUGUCACCACCAGUCAUGGAAGUAGAGACAGGAAGGACACCGCUCAGGUACUGAAAACCUGUGAUCAAACCAUGUCAAGGAAAGCAUUACGUGAUGCAAUAAACUAUCAGACUCCUUUUGUUGAAGAGAAGCAUAACCCCAGUGAGAUUCCCAUGGGCAUGGAUGCCAGUUUGGGACAAAUCAGCUUACUUUCAAACCUUGGCAGUAUUAUCAAGAAAGGAAGUGGAGAAUCGAAUUACAACAUCUCCAGUUCUCAGUUAACUAACAGUUUAAUUCCUGUUGAUACAAAAGGCAGUAAGUCACCAAAAGGAAAUCAAGAGAUUCUUUCUACCUACCAGACUUUGUUACCAAGCCCGAGAAGAGGUCUGGAGAGGAUGUCUCCUGUUUCUCCAAGAGGCAGAAAUCAGGCUCCUCUAGAGGAAGAGGGCGCAGGAGCCUUAGUGCUGGAUCAGACAAGGCCAGCUUCAGGUUUUCUGCCACCCCUGAAUGUGAACCCCCGCCCCCCCGUCCCAGAGCUCACUGUCAUAAACACAGUUUCUGGAAUGAUUUCUUAUGGACAAACUCACUUAGUACCACCAGGAUCUGCGUUCCCCAAAGGGACCAAAGAUACCAAUCUGCUGCGGAGGAAGCCAUAUGAGCAGAUUACUGUCUGAGCAGAUUCAGCAGUUACUGAAUCUUUACUAGGAGAGCAAAGGGGAUCUUUAUGAUAUGUAAAUAUUCACUGCAGUCCUUGACUGUAAUGGUAUGUAUCACAAAAUAGAGCAGGUCUGUGAUGUAAAGUAGUGUCUGCCUCAGGAUGUCUGGAAUAGCUCAGAAACUAAGUGAGAAUACUUACCUAGUGGGGCCGUCUUCUGCAAAGUAAGGAGUGUUUGUUUUGCUGGUUUUGUAAAGUUUCCAACUUGCCUGUGACAGACUGAACCCACGACGGUCCUUAAGCAUUGUAGUUCUCAUUGUAGGUUGUAAAUACUACCCCCUAGAUUUCCCCAAACACGCACACCCUUGCAGCACCCGGAGAGGUGGUGCACGUGGAAUUCGGGAAGCUGAGGCAUUUGACUGCGAUGCUGGACAUCGGACUGCCUCUGUCCAGGUUGUACAUAUGCAGAAACCCCGGAGACAUCAGCGUGCAGCGGGGUGGGUGGCAGCAGCCUGCUGCCCUCAGCAGCCUCACUGCCAGCGAGCAGGCAGCUCCGAGCUGGUAACUCGUGCUGCGGAGCUGUGCUGCUCAGGGCUGGCAGCGAGCUUCAGCCGCCCGGCUGGCUCUGGGAGCUCUCCAGCAGCAGCCCCAGCAGGGCGAGUGGCGAGCGCCGCAAGCCAGCCGCGCUCACAGCUCGGGCUGCUCCAGCUGCAGCCUCCGCAAUCCGCUCCCUUCACAAAAACAGGGAGGCACAGCCUGCACCUGGAACGGGCUCCGUUACUUUCUGCGGUCCCGGGGUCCUCAGAUGGACACCCCCAGCUCAGGCUGCAGCGAUUUGCCCCCAGUCGCAGCCCUUUCCACCAGGCUGCGGACGCUGGGACACACCCAGACUGUCUUCAUGAGCAGGGGCACUGCACACACACACACACACACAGACAGAAAGACACACAGACAGACAGACACAGAGACACACAGACACACACACAC